CUCAUUCAGCACUGGAGCAGGACUUGCAGUCCUAUCCUGCUCUUCCAUCUCGUCAUUUAUUUUAACCAAAUGUGUUAGACGUGUUUGUUAUCUUAUCAGCUUGUUCACAUCGGAUGGCGUUUAGACAGCUCGUCUGCGGUGAUGUUGCAGUAUCAUUAUGCAGUGGUGCAAUGCAAUCUACAGUCCACUGCUCACCUCUAUAUGAAGACACUUGGAUAACAUAUAAUAAUAAUCAUUAGGAUUAUUCUGGAAUAAACGAGACAUACCGAAAGGGAAUAUUGGGCGAUUGAUCAACCCUAUUGCGGGUGUCCCAGUGUAAAAUGGAGGAUAGUUUUGAUUGUGACUGCGGUGAGCUGGAGCCACCCGAUCAUUGAAAAGAAAUCUUGCUGAGAUCGGCUGUCCCUUCAAUUUUCCCUGCAUCAGGUGCUUAAAACAGGAAAAAAAGAAAAAAAAGUAGAUUUAUCAUUUGUUUGGACCGUUAAACAAUGAUGCUGCUCAGGGCCAGUCAUACACUGAAAAUUUCUUCACUGUGACAAUGGUUUUAUAGGUAUUGACUUACAAUUUUUUUGGUUACGUUCAGAUUUUUGAUUGGCCUCCAAAUUCAUUCCAUUACGCCCCUAUUAAAUAUUGAAAUAAAGCGGAAGCUCUCCCACAAACUCCGUGAUAAGCUGCUAAAAGUAUUUUGAAUAAUGAUUUCAUAUUUAAGUAACAUAUCUAAAUUGGUUCCCAACACCUCUCAGAGUACGAUGUGACAGCCAGUCGGGGACACUGCAGUCCUUUAAGGCUCUUGUUUUUUUCUUUUCGUUAGUUUUCUCGACUAGCUAUAGUAGUUGCGAUCAACAUCUGCUGCAUAUCACUUAAAUCAAAAAUCCUUCCUGCUAUAAUAUCUGCACAGAGCUGCUCUGCUAGAACGAAAAAUGGCCGAGAAAUUUGAAAGCCUCAUGAACAUUCACGGCUUCGACCUGGGCCCGCGUUACAUGGACUUGAGGCCGCUGGGCUACGGUGGAAACGGCCUGGUCUUCUCUGCCGUAGAUACCGAUUGCGACAAGCGAGUCGCUGUAAAAAAGAUCGUCCUGACCGACCCUCAAAGUGUCAAACAUGCGUUGCGCGAAAUCAAAAUCAUCCGCAGACUUGACCAUGACAACAUCGUGAAGGUGUUCGAAACGCUGGGGCCCAGUGGUUGCCACUUGACGGAGGAUGUGAGUUCCCUGACAGAGGUCAACUCCGUCUACAUCGUACAGGAGUACAUGGAGACUGACCUCUGUAAAGUACUUGAACAGGGCUUGCUGUCUGAAGAUCACGCACGGCUGUUCAUGUAUCAACUGCUGCGUGGACUCAAAUACAUCCACUCGGCCAAUGUGCUUCAUCGCGACCUGAAGCCUGCCAACCUCUUCGUCAACACCGAGGACUUGGUAAUGAAAAUUGGGGAUUUUGGACUCGCCCGAAUCAUGGACCCCCACUAUUCCCAUAAGGGGCAUCUCUCUGAGGGUCUAGUCACUAAAUGGUACCGUUCUCCUCGUCUGCUCCUCUCCCCAAAUAACUACACCAAAGCCAUUGACAUGUGGGCUGCCGGGUGCAUCUUUGCUGAGAUGCUCACUGGAAGGACACUCUUUGCAGGCGCCCACGAGCUGGAACAGAUGCAGCUGAUUCUGGAAUCCAUUCCGGUUGUCCAUGAAGAAGACAGAUUGGAACUCCAAAGCGUAAUACCGGUCUUUAUCAAAAGUGACAUGUCAGAACCACACACGCCGCUUGCCCAGUUACUGCCUGGUGUCAGCCCUGAGGCCUUGGAUUUCUUAGAGAAGAUUUUGACCUUUAACCCCAUUGACCGGCUAACUGCAGAAGAGGCCCUGGCUCACCCGUACAUGAGCGAUUACUCCUAUCCUCUAGAUGAACCCGUGUCCUUGCAUCCUUUUCACAUUGAAGAUGAAGUGGACGACAUCUUGCUCAUGGACGAGAGCCACAGUCAUAUCUACAACUGGGACAGAUAUCACGACAGUCAAUUCUCUGAUCAAGACUGGCAUCUGCACAGCACCCACGAGCUGGAAGACGUACAGCGUGAUCCCCGAGCCAUGUCUGACGGCACAGACGAUGAGGAGGUACAGGUUGACCCGCGCAAAUACAUGGACGGAGAGUGCGAGAAAUUCCUAGAGGACCCAUCCUUCGACCUCCCAUCAGAGCAUUCGUGGGAACAGGAAGAUCACCAUGAGAACAAGUACUGCGACCAGGAUUGUGGCUACACCUGCAACUACAAAGCAGUGUCCCCGUCCUACCUGGAUAAUUUAAUCUGGAGGGACAGCGAGGUGAACCACUACUACGAGCCAAAGCUCAUCAUCGACCUCUCCAACUGGAAAGAGCAACACAGCAAAGAGAAGAUCGACAAAAAGGGCAAGACCAAGUGCGAGAAGAACGGCCUGGUCAAGGCCCAGAUCGCUCUGCAGGAAGCGACUCAGAACCAGACCGUGGCCGAGAAGGACCGCAUACAGGAGAAACACCAGAACCACAACCAGGGCUUUGAUUUCGACUCCUUCAUCGCCAGCACCAUCAAGCUCAGUCUGCAGCCGGAACCCGGUGACGUGGACCUCCUGAACGAAUUAAACACCUCCGUUUCUCAGCUAGACACCCGCAUCCCUUGCGGCUCCUUGUCCAAGUCCGUCAGUCAGGAGAAAGAGGAGAAGUGUCUGGUGAACCUGGCUCAGCUUGGCGUCUGGUCGCCUUGUCCCUGGGACAGUUUCACGGGCGACGGCGUCAGCGAAAGCUGCCUGAUCGACGAGGCCUGCUGGGAUGUCCGCAAAGAUGAACAGCUCCAGAAGGAGAACAGCGUCUGUCAGAGCAGUUACCUGGACCGGCUCUUUAGCAAACGCGAGGAGGUGGAGUCCGAGGUUCAGUCGGGUCCCGAUGAAGUUCCCUCCCCGGUGGAAGAAGACUUCAUUUCCUGCAGCACUGAGAUCGUCCUUAACAUGCAGCUAGAGUCUCUGGCCAUUCCGGGGUUCGAUGGAGCGUCCGACAUUCCUCUGAAAUCCAUCCAGGCCACGCUGACGCCCUCUGCUGUUAAGCGCUCUCCUCAAAUCGCCCACAAAACCUACAGCAGCAUUUUAAAGCAUUUGAAUUAAACCCCACCCGUUCAAGCAGAGUCCAGCUUAUUUUUUAUAGAGUUAUGUAUUUCUGUACUUGAAUCAUUUCAUAUCUUUUUACAUAUGGUUACUUUUUAAGGAAACGUUUAUUUCUUUGUUUUUGUUUUUUAAUAUGUAGAUGAAUUCAGUUUGUAAAUUCAUACAAAGUGCUGGACUGUGUUUCCACACCUAUGAGAACAUUUUGGCCCUCUAAUUUUCUGUUUCAGAAAAAAUCAAAUAACUAACGGCAUGACAUUUGCACACAUUGUACUGUAGAUUCGGAAACAGGAUAGGGAAUGACAGAGGAACGACUGUUAAACAGAAUUUGUUGGUUUAUGUGAUGUAGGCAAAGGAACAGAGAAAAUGAGGGUGGGAUAAUGCACUAACCGUGUGGGAGACACAGUCACUGACAUCAUAAUGUGACCUUCUGACUGACAGCCAAUAGGAGACACACAAGCAGUGCAUCUUUGCCUUCUCUUCCUGUCGUUCUUUUGACUAUGGCUAUUUAUUUAUUUGAUUUUUGUUUUUCCAUCUCGUUUCUAUUCUCUGGCCGUUUUGUUCGUAGUGUAAACUUUCUCAAACACGAUGCCAGCAUGGAAAGCGUUAACCGUAGGUUUGUAAAGGCGUUAUCUACCUCAAGGUAACAGCAGAAGGUUCUGUCUCCCAACUGUAGUGCUUUAUUUAAUGAAACACUUUCCCUCUCAUUAAUGUAGUCCACUCGACGUCUAUUUUCAUUUUGCAUUUGCCAUAGUGAAGUGUUAAGACCAUUAUUUAUUUUAAGCAGAUGUGAGAUAUUUAUUUUAAGAACGUUGUAAUUUUUUUUAAGUGUGAGUCUUUGGACUUCCAUUCUGGUCCGUCUUGGCGCUCUGUGUUUGUUUAGCUGUGGGUGAUCGAUCAUCCUUUUGAGUUCAUGAUGCUCUCCCAAGUUCCAGCAUUUCUUAUCAAAAGGAUUCACCAUAAGGAUUUUUUUUUAACUUGUAGGUGCUCUGUACGAGUGGAUGAUGCUUUACGGCAUUUUAUGCGCCUAAAGUCUUAAUUUUUCUUUUUUAUAUAUUAUAAUUAUUGUUAGAAUUGUGUGCAUGGAAGAAGAAACCAGUGGAAGGUACAUUAAAAUGAAGUUAAUGGUGAAGUAUACUGUAAGUCAUUAAUUUUAUUUUAAUUGUAUGUUUUUAUUACAAAUUAUUUGUUCCAAGCAAGCAUGGUUGAAUUAGGUUCGGAUAUAGCAUGUAGAGCAUUUAAAGAGUUUUUUUUUAUUUUGCUUUUAAGUGCUGGUUUACAUUAUCAUUUGUUCCACUGUAAAAUAACAUCAAUAAAAUGGCCAGCAAAUA